AUGGCAGCACUAGAGAAGGUCAUGACGGACGCCGUCAAGCCAGCCGAUAAUACGCCUGAGCUCUGCAUUGACCCUGUCGCGGAGAAGAAAUUGCUCCGCAAGCUCGAUAUCUAUCUGGCUCCUCUGAUGACCAUCAUCUUUCUUUGCGCCUAUUUGGACCGCUCCAACAUCGGAAACGCCGCUUCUGCUGGCAUGAUCGCAGACAUCGGCGCUACAAGCUCACAGCUCGGAAAUGCCGUCACACUGUUCUACGUCACAUACGUUGCCGCAGAACUGCCAUGCUCUCUUGUGCUCAAGAAAUUUCAUCCCAACCGCAUGAUACCUCUAUUGAUUCUAGGCUGGUCCUUCACCCUCAUCGGAUCUGGCUUCAUCAAAAACGCCGGCCAGCUUUACGCCUCAAGGCUGCUGAUUGGUCUCUUCGAGAGCGGCAUGUUCCCAUGCCUGACUCUUUACCUGUCUACUUUCUACCAGCCCCAGGAACAAGCCCUGAGAGUAGCCUACCUGUUCGUCUCUGCCGCUCUCAGCGGUGCGUUCGGAGGCCUUUUCGCGUACGCUCUUCUCCACAUGGAUGGUGUCGCCAACCUCGAGGGUUGGCGCUGGCUCUUCAUAAUCGAAGGCAUCGCCUCUGUCUUCAUCGCCGUCUUGAUCUUCUGCCUCCUGCCCGACAACUACGAGACCGCACGUUUCCUCACUCCCGAAGACCGAGAGCUCUGCCGUCUUCGCACCGAGAUCAACCACAAAUACCACGGACAUCCGGAGUUUCAGUGGGCUGAAGUCCGCAAAGCGCUCACCGACCCCAAGCUCUAUGUGUCCGGCUGGAGUCAGUUCUUCGCCGAUAUCUGCAGCUUUGGGUUCUCCAGCUUUCUACCUCUGAUCCUGCGCUCUUUUGGGUUCGGUACUGUUACGACCCAACUGCUCACCAUCCCGGUCUACUUCUGGGCUAGCGCGACACGCGCCGCCUUCAUGGUUCCCGCAGCUAUGGUGACCGCUGUCGGGUACGCGAUCAACGUCGGCGUACCGAUGUCCAUGCGCGGCGUGCUAUACUUCUCUGUCUUCCUCAUCGCACAAGGCAUAUACAUCAUCGUCGGGCUGAACGCUACAUGGCUACUCAACAGCCACGCGGGAUACUACAAGCGCGCGACGGCGAUCGGGAUGAAUCAGAGUAUGGGGAACAGUGCUGGCGUUGUCGUGGGGCAGAUUUUCAAAACCACUGUGAACGGGAAGUACCUCUUGGGACUGAGCUUCUCGUUGGGGGCGAUCGUGUUGGCAUCCUUGGGCCAUCUGACGCUGUACUGGCAUUUCAAGCGGGAGAACCGUCGGAGGGAGGCGCUGACGCCGGAGCAGAGGGAGUGGGAGGUUGUGCAUGGGAAGGGUGGGGAUUUUGAUCCCAACUACAAGUAUUCGCUGUAG